UGCGUUCUAAAUUCUAUCACGUUUACACUACCAGAAUGACUGGCCGUGGUAAGGGAGGAAAGGGAUUGGGAAAAGGAGGAGCCAAGCGCCAUCGCAAAGUUCUUCGCGAUAACAUCCAGGGUAUUACCAAGCCUGCCAUCCGCCGUCUGGCUCGUCGUGGAGGUGUGAAGCGUAUUUCUGGAUUGAUCUACGAAGAGACUCGUGGUGUCGAAACGAUUGAAAUGGCGGUUGCUGGUGAAGUAAGGGUUUCAAGUAAAAUGCCAUAUGUCACCAGCUAA